AUGGAAGUGGAGUCUGAAGCAGCAAGUCGUUCUAUAUCCAAUACUUCGACUUUGCAGCUGCUAGUUAACUAUGAUAAAUUUAUUGCAGAACGCGACAAAUCCAUUGAGACAAUAGAGAAGAUCGCAGAAGCGGAUACUGCUCGUCCUAGUUACGAUGACCUGUACAAAGAAAACGUAAGACUUCGGAUGCAAGUUCAUGAGUGUAACGAAGAGAUUGCAUCCUUAAAACUGAUAGUUAGUCAGUUGAGUUCCGAUAAAAGAACAGAAAUAACCAAACUGGAGCAAAGGGAUUAUAAGGAAUUCUCCCCAGCAGACAGAGCCAUCUCGUUGCCUCCUAGGUCCGCUAACAGGAGGAAGAACUUGAAGCAUUUAAGUUUACACACCCUUGGACGGCUUUCAAAUGAAAGCUUACCAGCUAAUACUAAAGGUGGACCAAGUGAGUUAACGAAUGGGUCCGUAUUACGGGGGUUGCCAACUAGUAAGUCCGCUGAGAUACAUCCUUGUACUAAGUCCUUGAUGGAUGAGAAACGUAUGACUCCUCAGAGCAAACCGGUUUCAAGGUCUAGUUCUUCAUACUCGAAUACCUUAGGAAGUCCGGCCACCUCUGUUGUCUACAGGACAUCUAGGAUAUCAAUUGCCUCCCCGGUAAGAUCUGCUUUACCAUCGAAGCCUUCUUCAGCGUACCCUUCGGAGCCUCCUCCUUCUUUGUCACCAGAUGAGGGGGAAGGAUUGCGGUCUCCACUCCGAGUCGGUGGUUCUUCAGAACAGAUAAACGGGGACACUAACAUUCUUCACAAUACACCACCCCCUUCGGCUGGUAAGGACGUUUCAGACUCUAAUUCGAAGUAUCUGGCUUCAGAAUGUAAUCUAUCAGCCAGUGUUGCAGGUACUUCUCCAGGUGCACCGCAGGAAAAUGAGGAGGAGGAAAACAGGAGCUUCUCUGUUGAUAUCAGCGAUUACCAUACGGAUAAUGAAUCUGUAGUAUCAAAGGAAACUUAUGGUGAAGGAAGUCAACACAGUAGAAGUAUUGUGGAAUCUUCAGAGUUAAUUGAGGCCAAGACCUCUGAUCUUGUGGAUUCCUCAGAAUUAAUUGAGGCAAAAACAUCGGAUGUUGAGAGCUCUAAAGAGUCAUUUGAACCCUGUGACAAUGUUGUACAAACUCCGAUUACGAGCCCUUUUCCGCAUGGGCAUACGUUAGCUUCAUCGAUUCCCGUCAUGAAUGUAACCUCGCCUCCUUCAUCUACAAACAUUUCAAUGGCUGCAGGGAAGUCUGCAACACCAGUAGGAAGUUCAACAACUCCAUCUGGUAUUAGUCAAAAUAAUUGGGAAUCUGAUAUACCGCUGUUUGUCCAGCCAAAUGAACUAAUAACUGUCAAGAUUGUAGUGACCAGUACACUAUAUCACGACCUGGAAAGUAACGCAAACAUACUAUUUAGCGUUAUUGACAAAAAGUCGGGCAAGGAGAUGUUUAAAUUCGCCAAAACUAUAGAUGAUGUUAUUGAACUAAAUAAUAACAUCAGCCAAUUUAUGGAACUCUUACAAAUACCACCUUUACCUGAUAAGCAAUCCUUCCAAACAAGCAUCCCAAUAAAAGUUGACUCUAGAAGAGAAAAAUUGAACGAUUAUUUCUCAAUGUUAUUAUAUGUUCAUCCAUUGCCUAUUAAUGUGGGACUAUUAAUCUCUAAGUUUAUAAGCACGGAUCCAGUAAUGAACCCAGUGCUAGGGGAUUUUCUGAAAGAAGGAACUCUAUUACUUCGGAAAUCGAAAACAUUGGGAUCGAAUUCUACAUGGCGUGUCAGGUACUGUACUGUGGAUGGUAAUGUUAUGAAUCUAUGUGAUAAAUCAAUCGUUACUGAUAGCAUAAAAUUGUGCAAUAGCACAAUUGAGUUACAAGCCAAUCUACCGGAUGAUAAACACGGUACUAAAAAUGGUUUUAUCGUAACUGAACAUAAAAAGAGUGGUCUGUCGAGUUCAACUAAAUAUUACCUAUGUGCCGAAACGGCAAAGGAGCGCGAGCAGUGGGUAAGCGUGUUAACUACUAUUUGUGAAUCUCCAGCUACUCAUUCAAUGCUUACCGUUAAUCCUAAAUCAGAGGCUUCUAGUUUAAUGGAUCAUGCAAGUGUUAGUGAUUCAAGUUAUGUUGGCCCAAUAGCUAAUUUGGAAGUCCUAGAUGUGUCGUCGCCAACCAAAGUCACGGAUGGAACGUCUGCUUUAGCAUCUCCAGAAGAUGAUAAAGACACGAAAAGACGGCGAAAGAAGUCGUUUUUCCCAUUUAAGAAGCUUGGAACAUCAUCGCAAUUCCCUUACAGUUCUGGCAAUGAUAGUAUUUCAAUCUUUUCUCAAGAUGAUGCUCCAAGUAUGCUUGCAUCUACAACUGAAACAACAAUUGCAAAGUCCUUACAGUCAAUGGACCUAGCUGCACCCUCUAAAGCAGUUUUUGGUAUAGAUUUAAAGACGUGUUUACAAUUAAGUUCCCAAGUAUAUCAAGGUCAGUAUGAAAUACCAAGUGUCGUUUACCGUUGUCUAGAAUAUCUAUACAAACAUCGGGCACUUUACGAGGAAGGUAUUUUUAGACUAAGCGGAUCCAGUUUACUGAUCAAGACCUUGCAGGAACAGUUUGACAGAGAUUAUGAUGUGGAUUUAUGCACCUAUAAUGAAAACGUGUCUGUGACACCUGGGGAAGAGAAUCAAGGUGGUGUUUUUGUUGAUGUGAAUACUGUUACAGGGCUUCUGAAACUGUACUUCAGGAAGUUACCACAUAUGAUAUUUGGGGACGACUCAUAUAUUGAAUUCAAAAAGAUUGUAGAUACUUUUGGUGGUGUUGAUGACAAACUUGUCGCACUGAAAUUUAAAGCUUUAAUUGCCUCUGGUAAAAUACCGAAAGAAAAUGUUUCACUAAUGUAUGUGUUAUUUGAACUACUGGUGAAAAUUAAUGACAAUUGUGAAAUCAAUAAAAUGAAUUUAAGAAACCUCUGUAUCGUUUUUUCACCAACUUUAAACAUCCCUGUGAACAUCUUACAACCAUUUAUUUUGGACUUUAGUUGCAUCUUCCAAGAUAAACAACCAGCGACAGAUCGGCAGACCGUUGACGUACAUAUUCCGCAAUUAUAA